CACCACGUACACCGAGGCAUCGAGCUCAGUCGGCUGGAUGCUAGCAAGCUAGUCAAUCGAAACUCUGUUACAUUUUGGGGCUCUGAGAGGGAGAAACACGCAACGGUGGGGAACAAGGGCGAGCCCAGCGCCGCUUUGAAAUGGCCGGACAACAGUUCCAGUACGAUGACAGCGGCAAUACGUUUUUCUAUUUUCUCACGUCCUUCGUCGGACUUAUUGUGAUCCCGGCCACAUAUUACCUGUGGCCCCGGGAUCAGAACGCUGAACAACUGCGUUUGAAGAGCCUGAGGAGGGUACAUGGCCGGUGCCUGUGGUAUCGGCUCAGGCUGAUGAAGUCUCAGCAGAGCAUCAUCCCGACACUAAAAAAAGUGGCCUUGCUUUUUGGGUGGGCUGUAUUCCUACUUCUAGCCUACAAGGUGUCCAAGCUGGACAGGGAUUACCAGGAGUACAACCCAUAUGAAGUCCUCAACUUGGAACCGGGCGCGAAGGUGCAAGCAAUUAAAAAACAGUAUCAUCUACUGUCGCUCAAGUACCACCCUGACAAAGGUGGUGAUGACGUCAUGUUUAUGAGAAUUGCCAAAGCCUAUGCUGCUUUAACCAAUGAACAGUCGCGACAGAACUGGGAACUGUACGGUAACCCAGAUGGUCCAGGAGUCACCAGCUUUGGUAUCGCCUUGCCAGCCUGGAUUGUGGACCAGAAGAAUUCCAUGCUGGUGUUGUUGGUCUAUGGCCUUGCCUUCAUGGUCAUCCUUCCUGUAGUUGUGGGCACCUGGUGGUACCGCUCAAUCCGAUACAGCGGAGACCAGAUCCUCAUCAGCACCACACCUUUUAUGCAUUUUAUUUACAAAACACCAAACAUGAACAUGAAACGAUUAACCAUGGUCCUCACUGCAGCCUGUGAAUUUGACCCUCGCAGCAAUAAAGAGGCGACCAUCAGACCCACAGACAAUGUCGAAGUGCCGCAGUUGAUCCGUGAAUUGGGAAAUAUCAACGUGAAGAAGAAAGAGCCUCCAUUCUGUUAUCCGUACAGCUUCAAGGCCAGGGUGUUGGUGCUCUCACAUCUGGCCCGCAUGGAGGUGUCAGAGGACUUAGAAGAAGAUCAAAGAUUUGUGGUGAGGAAGAGUCCUGCUCUUCUUCAGGAGAUGAUCAACGUUGGCUGUCAGCUCACCAUGAUGGCUAACAGCAGAGGAGGUUUCCCCGCUCCCAGACUGGUGACCAUUGAGAAUUGUAUGAAGCUGACCCAAAUGAUCGUGCAGGGCCUGCAGGAGACCAAGUCACCGUUGCUGCAGCUGCCUCAUUUCGAAGAGGAGCACCUACGCUACUGCAUUUCUAAGAAGUAUAAGGUGAGGACGCUGCAGGACCUGGUGAGUCUGAAGGACUCGGACAGACGCAGCAUGUUGCGUUUCCUUGGGGAGGAGAAGUACGACGAGGUCAUGGCUGUUUUGGGCAGCUUCCCUCAUAUCACCAUGGGCAUCAAGCUACAGGUCCUUGAUGAUGAGGACAGCAGUAACAUCACCGCAGGCUCAAUCGUCACAGUAACAGUCACCCUAACCAGGAAACGUAUGGCAGACAUGUUUGAGAAGGAGCAGGAAGCAUCAAUAUGUCAGGGAGAGGAGACAACCAAUACAGAGGAAGUAGUAAGGAAUCAGGGAGACGCGAAUAAAGCCAAAGCUAAAGUUUGGCAAAGCAAGAACAAAGGGGCCAAGAAGACAGCCAAGUCCAAGAAGAAGAAAUUACCCAAGAAGAAAGUGUUGCCUGCUCCUGUUAAAGGCAAGCAGGCUAAUGGCAACGUGGCUGGAAAUGAAAUGGCAGUUACAACAUCAGCUGCAGCAUCCGCAGCGAAGGAAGACGACGACGAAGCGUCAGAUAAAGGCAGCGAGUCGGACGACGGCGAAACCAACAAGGAUUCUCCCAGCGAAAGAGAUGAAGAGAGCGACAAACAAAGCGACACCGAAGUCGACGAGGGCGGUGGAGACGACGAGGAGGAGUGGGAGGCGCUGCAGCAGAGCAUCCAGCGGCGAGAGCGGGCGCUACUGGAAACGAAGUCGAAGGUGACGCACCCCGUCUACAGCCUGUACUUCCCAGAGGAGAAGCAGGAGUGGUGGUGGCUGUACAUCGCCGACCGCAGAGAUCAGACGCUCGUCUCCAUGCCCUACCACGUCUGCACUCUAAAAGACUCAGAGGAGGUGGAACUAAAAUUUCCAGCCCCAUCCAAAGCAGGCAACUACCAGUACUCAGUCAUCCUCCGUUCUGAUUCCUACCUGGGUCUGGAUCAGUUCAAACCACUUAAGCUGGAGGUCCACGAGGCCAAGGCCAUGCUGGACAACCACCCACAGUGGGACAUCCCCGACACGGAGGAGGAGGACGAGGAGCAGGAGGACAGCGACGGCAUCGAGGAGAGCGACGACGAAGACGAGGACAACGACUGACGGAGCGGACGUGAGCGAGUCGGGGGCGGACGUGAGCGAGUCGGGGGCGGACGUGAACGCCCCCCGGAGCGACCGCUCAUCCACUAGCGACGAGGAGAAGCCGUGCCUGCCAUAAACAAAAACACAUGAAUGAAUAAAUCACUGAGGAGAAUUUCUACACUCAGAACCCGCCACCAUUUUACUUUUACAAUGUCAUAAACUGUGACCCCUGGGGGCCUGCUCCCAUCUCCCCCCUUUCUAUAGAGACUUUGUGUUUCAUCGUCUGCUGCAGGCGGACAUUUCUGUGAAUACUAACAGGCCUGAGUGCGUGAGUAAGUGAGUGUGUGUGCUGUGUAAAGUGUAUGUAUUUGUAUAGGUAUGAGAGACAAGAAAAAAAAUAGCUUUGGACUAAAGGACCUAUUAUUAUUAAAUGGGUUCUUUUCCUCGAGGCGGAUAAAUAACAGCUGCUUCCAUUUGCAAAACUAACAGAAACAAACAAACUCUGUAGGGACAUUGUCCCCUCUCUCUCGCGCUCUCUCUUGGUUUUAAAAUUCUCCUGCGCCGAUAUUUUCCACACUUAUGAAACUUUCUGUUGUACUCUUCAUCUGCAGAGGCGUAUAUUAAAGAAGCAUCUUCUCUUUUGAGUGCAGGGUUCCACAAGUUUAUAUUUUUGCUGUUUUCCUUUUCCAGCAUCACAACUGUAUUUCAUUUGUACUUUUUAUUUUUAUUAAUUUGUAUGUUGGUUCUAAAUGAGUCAAAUGAAAUAACUUGCAGUGUUAAAGAGCGCUAUAUUCUUCUCCAUUUGUUACGUGAGGAAGUAGAAAUGCCUCAGUCAAGCAGUCAAGGUUCAGCAGGUCAUAUGCUGAAAAACUCUCUCCCUUUUAUUAAGUGCAUCAAAACAAAGAUUUCACACUCAUGCUGCACUUUUUGUUUGACUGCAAUAAAAUCUGAAAGUUUAGAGUGAAAUGGUUUGCAAAAAUGGAGAUAAUCUUGGAAUUCUUUUGUCUGUAUGCUUCGAAACUACUACCUCUAUCAAUAUACCUUUUUUUUUUCUUAUUCGUAUGAACCAUAAAAACCGUGAUCGGUGCAUUAAAAAAAAAAUUACCGUUUCAGCCAUUUGAAUUGACUAAGAUAGUGAUCUUUACUCCUGGCCUUUUGGAGUCAUGCAUUACUUCGAUUUCCUCUUGUUUUCUUUCCAGUUGUAGCACAUUCCAGUGUAAGUCAUUGUCCUAUAUGGGCCUUAUGAAUACAUCUGCUGAAUCACAGCGUCUGCAUCCUCUGGUGGUUCCCACGAGCAGAUCGGAUUUAUUUUCCCUGUAAAAAACCAAACAUCUGAAUUGUUUAUUUGGAGUAAAAUACAGCUCCACGUUGUUGGGGCUACACAUCACUCACCUUGUCAUGAGGAGUUGGUUAUUUUCCUUUUUUUGUGUGUGAAAUAUUUAGAGGUUUGAAUGUGAUGUUUCUACCACACACACAACUGAACAAAUGGUUGUUGGAAUUUUACUUUCAUACUUAAUAGUGUUUUUCUUACCAUAAAGCAGAACCCACUUA